UUCCUGUUAUUCUUGGCAAUUAAGAACAACAUACGCUCAAACUAGUUUACAUUAACACUAUAUUGAUGAUUUCUCUACAUUACGUGAGGUUUAAUAUAUAUAAUGACGGGUCCUAUAAAUAUUUCUUCAAAUGAUGCUACAACCGAAUUACCUCCUUUAGAUCAGGAUCAUUUCUGUAAAUUGAUUUUGUACUUAGAAAUAGCCAAUACAAGAGUUCGGAUUUGGGAUUUAAUAAUACUAGUACCCAAUGUAAUAUUUAUAUUUCUUCUUAUACGAUUUAAUCGAGCACGUUUAAAGUUACGAGCAACAUCAAGUCCAAUAUUUCUUGCUUUCUAUGGCCUUGUGUGGGUAAACAUAUUAAUUAGUGUUUUAAGAUGUACUGUAUCGAUGACAGUGAAUGCUGCACCAGUAGGUGGCUUAGCUGAUAAGGUUCUUUGGGUGAUGGUCAGAUUUUUUCUACUGGCUACAGAAAUGAGUGUUGUUAUCUUUGGACUAGCUUUUGGGCACUUAGAUAGUCAUAGCAGUAUUAGACAUGUGUUUCUUGCAACAUCAUGUAUAUCUCUGGCCUUCACAGUUACCCAAGGUGUUUUAGAAAUAGUUCUACCAGAUGAUUCAUUUCAUAUAGCCAGCCGUGAUUUUGACUUAUAUGGCCAUGGAGGCAUGCUUUUUUGGUUUUGUAGCAGUAUUGUUUUUACAGCACUUUAUGGAGCUGUCUUAAUUUUACCUUGGACAAGGCUAAGAGACAGACUGGCCUUACCAACUAAGAGAUCUUUUUACUUUUAUGUUUUUAUUUUGUGUUUUAACGAUGGUCUUCAAUCAGUUGGUGCUGGUUUAUUAAAUUAUGAUGUUCCUGAAGGUUUAUGUAUAGUGGAUGUGACUACUGGAUUGUAUUUUACAAUGUAUACCCCAUUUGUUUACCUCACUUUCUUAAGAGAAUUUUUGGAUUAAUUAUAUUUCAGAAUAUCUCAGCCUACUGUUAUGUUUUCAUACAAAGCUCAAGUAGAUGAUGUCAUGGAAGAUGAUAAUGUGUCUCUGCCACAUCAACAAUCAUUUAGCUCAUUAAAAACAGACUCUGAUUAUAUAUAUCAAAAUAAUAGUGUAUAUGACAGCACACAAUUUGAUAAUACAACCCCGAUGAAUCCUUUAUAUGCGGCCUCUCUGCAAAGCCCAGACAGUAUAACAGGUUAUAGCAUUACUUCUAGUCAUAGCCUAGAUAUAUCAGGUCCAACACAAGGAUAUCAACACCCAUUCGGAAAGUGAUUUUCAGAUUUGAAACUUACCAAUGCUAGUAACAAAAACUAUUAAUAUAGGUAUUAAUAGUGUUUACUAUUAAGGGAAUGAUAACAAAGAUUCAAAGAUCUUAUUUGACAUUUAAAAAUAAUUAGGAUUAACAUGCACUUUUCUGCCAAAUAGUAUUAAUUUAAAUAGCGGUAUUGACUUGUUAUAAGCAGGUGAUAUGCUUUAGACUCACUUAUCCAUGGUAGCAUUACUGAUGAUAGAAGAAAAGUGCAAAUUACUCAUGUAAUGUUGAUUUAGAAGGGUUUUAAUGCGUAUUAAUAUCACUUUAG